GGAAGGGAGAGAGAGGUACAGACAGAAACAUCAGUGUUGAGCGAGCAUCAGAGAUCGGCUGCCUCCCGCACCCCCGGAACCGGGGAUGGAGCCGGCAGCCCAGGCCUGUGCCCUGACCAGGAAUGGAACCGUGACCCUCUGGUUCCCAGGGCCACGCUCAGCCCCUGAGCCACGCCCGCGGGGUCCACCGCUGGUUGCAACCGCCACCCCCUGGGGUGCCUCGUUCCCCUUUAAGUGGGACCCGCGUGGCCCCAGGGCUGCAAGGAGCUGGGUUGCGAUCGGCCGGUCGGGGCUGCGGCCGGGCCCCACGAUUGGCUGAGGCUGAGGGCCGGCCCCGCAGGAUUGGCCGCGGCCGCGCAGAGCCCGCCUCCCGCACUGCGACGCAGCCCCGCGUGGCGCAGGGUAGGGCGCGGGCCGCAGGGGCGGGCGCGUCCCGGGAACAUGGCGGCGCCGGACCUCGCCCAGAUCCCCGAUGUGGACAUCGAUCCCGACGGCGUCUUCAAGUACGUGCUGAUUCGAGUCCACGCGGCACCGGCGGGGCAGAGCAAGGAGAUCGUGCGCGGCUACAAGUGGGCCGAGUACCACGCUGACAUCUACGACAAGGUGUCGGGCGAGAUGCAGCAGAAAGGCUAUGGCUGUGAGUGCCUGGGCGGCGGGCGGAUCUCCCACCAGAGCCAGGACAAGAAGAUCCACGUGUACGGCUACUCCAUGGGGUACGGCCGUGCCCAGCACUCCAUCUCCACCGAGAAGAUCAAAGCCAGGUACCCGGACUACGAAGUUACCUGGGCAGACGAUGGCUACUGAGCCCACCUGAGGGGCUGGCUGCCCCCCCGGCGCGUGCCCCCUGCCCAGGCCUUGGAGAUGGACGCCAGCCUGGCCCCAGGACCCGGGUUUACCUCACCCACUGGAAUAAAGAGCACUGACCCAGCUGGGCCCGGA